AUGGAGGAGAAUUACGAGUUGCAAGUGCCGCUUACGCCGCGGGGCAGGCUGCUGUGUUAUCAGCAGUGCAGCGUGGCCCUGGGGGCGGUGGGGUCCCUCCACUCCCUCCUGAAAGGAGCAGAAAUGCAGAACGCGCUGAAGGAGGAGAACAUGCUGAAAACCGGAUCCAAGACAAACAAAAGUCUAGCAUCAAGGGGAUUUGGUGUUAAUUCAGUAGUGUUGCGGUUGGUUGCUGACAGCCUUUUUCUCCUCUCCUCAGAGCACUGCCUGUUGCCCAAGGUGGUUGGGAGAUGCCGGGCUUCCAUACCACGGUGGUGGUUUAAUGCCACCAGCAGCUUGUGUCAAAGCUUCAUCUUUGGUGGCUGCAAUGCCAACCUCAACAACUUCAUGACGGAGCAGGAGUGCCAGGCGAGCUGCGUCCGGAACGGGGGAGAGAAAGACUCCAAUGAGAUCCCGCUGCCCAGCAGAAAAGUGGAGGGCCAGAACGCGGACGCUGUGAACAGGCCUGGACAUCGGGCUGAGCAGGCCAAUGACUCCUUCAGCUAUGAAGAGUUCUGCAUGGUCCCCCAGGUGACUGGCCCAUGCCGUGCCUCAUUCUUCCGAUGGUACUACAGCCCAGCCAACCGCACCUGCAAGCAGUUCAUCUAUGGGGGCUGCCGGGGCAACAAGAACAACUACCAGAAGGAAGAGCAGUGCAUGCGUCGCUGCAGCCGGGAGCCAGGAAACACUGGUAGCACUGGUCCAGAUUUCCAUUCUUACCUCUUCUCCACCAAAACCAUGGCUCUUGCGGUGCUGCUGGCCAUCCUGGCAGCCAUCCUGCUGGGCUACAUGAUUGACGUCUCUGUCAAGAUGUGCAGGAAGAACCCGGAGCUGACAGCAGGCACAGGCUGGAGCCCCCUGGACGACAAGGAAUACCUGAUGAGCAACGCUUACACGCUCUGAAGGCUGCUUGCUCCACAGCCCCCUACGUCUCGGGCCCCAAGCUCGUGCUGAGCUGGGCCUGGGCAUGUACAUAAUAGAGAAUGGCCCCUGUGUCUGUCUCCAGAGAGGGUGAAUUCAACCCUCGCACACUGGGCUGCUAGCUGUAAACUUCUCGGGCUGGGUAGAGCUGUUUCUGAGGUGCAUUUCAGGCACCUCGGCUCUGACUUCAUUCUUUUUCUUAUUUUUUUGAGGGGGCAUUUUUUUAAUUAUUUUGUAACUAAAUGAUUGUUGUAAAUCAAUAGUGAAAGUCAUGGGCAUCUCAGAUGGUGCCAGCAACCCCCUCCUGCCCCAGUGCUCCAUGCUCUGCCUCAGCCCCUGCACACAAGUGCCUGCUCGAGGGGUCCCCUGCUGUGUCCCCUGCACCCACUGUGCAGUGCAAAGAAGUGGGUCCUGCUCCAGUCUAGCUUCCCCACUGCGUGGGUUUGCUCGCUGCCUGGAGCUUGUCAGUACCUGAAAGUGGCUGAGGUCCUGCAGCUCCCAGGCCCUGUGUGUGCAGAGGACCCCAUUGCCUGGGCUGGUAGCAUCAUGGUGUCUGAUAGAGGCAUGCCUACAGAUAGAAACGCCGGCACAGCUCUGCACGGCAACCAGCUGGACCUAGUUUCUCCUCUCCCAAGGUGGCUCCUUCCCAGUUCACAGCUUGCGCUGGUGGGGCCGUAUCCUCGUGGCUUUACGCAUGUUCAGACCCAUCUCUGAGCGCUGUGUAGGGCUGCAGCUGGCCUUGCAGGUGCCUCGGACAGCCAGGCUGCAGCGCUCUCCAGCCUGGGGUGGCUAUGUGAAUAGCUGCAGCAUCCUCACAGAGCCUGCUCGGCUCGUUAGGUCCGUGGGGCCUCGCGCCUUGCUGUCCACUGCAGGGCCCCAGCUCCAGGGAAAGGCUGUAACUUGCCCUCCUCUCCCAUCUGUCAGGUUUCCUCGAGCUUCUUGGAGCUGGGCAUGAGCCCUCUGCAGCCCACCAGCUGGUUCAGUGGGGUGGACAUGGGGACCCCCAUUUGGCUCAGCCCUGGGGCUGCCCCUUUCCGAUGUGCCUUAACACUGGUCCUACUGCUGUGUGCUGCCGUGGGGGGCCUUGUGCUGGCCCCACUCUCCCAGUGUGACAGCCCAGGCUGAGCCCAAGCCCCUGGGUCCUGCAGCAGCCCCUCCUUUGCUUUCUCUUGGGGUGCUUCAUCUGGGGUAUUUGUGACCAUUGUUGAUGUGUCUGAUCUGUCGGGUCUAGUUUUUAAUUUUUUUUUUUUUUUUACACAUUAGAGGAAUUUCUCUGAAUAAAGGGAGAUGUGAACCACA